CACAAACAGGAAGUGGAUGCGGAAGUAGCUGCUCAGCUGUUGCAGGUGGUUUUCUCUCCGGCAGGUUGUCCCUCACAGAACAGCUUCUCAGUCAAGAAGAUGUUGAAGGCGGUGAUUUUAAUCGGGGGCCCCCAGAAAGGCACAAGAUUCAGGCCGCUGUCAUUUGAAGUUCCCAAACCCUUGUUUCCAGUAGCUGGUGUUCCCAUGCUCCAGCACCACAUCGAAGCAUGUGUCAAGGUACCGAACAUGAAGGAGAUUUUGCUCAUUGGCUUUUAUCAGCCGAACGAAGAACUGACCAGAUUCUUGUGUAAUGCGCAGCAGGAGUUCAAAAUCUCCAUCAGGUAUUUGCAGGAGUACGCCGCCCUGGGCACUGGAGGGGGCAUCUAUCACUUCAGAGAUCAGAUCGUAUCUGGCAGUCCAGAGGCGUUCUUUGUUCUGAAUGCUGAUGUUUGUUCAGCGUUCCCUCUCACAGAGAUGCUCAGCUUUCAAAAAGAACACGGAGAACCAAACAGCUUUGUAAUCCUCGGGACAACGGCGAACAGAAAGCAGUCCUUGAAUUAUGGCUGCAUUGUAGAAAAUGAGGGAACGAACGAGGUCUUGCAUUAUGUGGAAAAGCCAAGCACCUUCGUGAGCGACAUCAUCAACUGCGGCAUCUACCUCUUUACCCCGGAGAUCUUCAAGCACAUCGGCACAGUCUUCCAGAAGAACCAACAGGACAUGUUGCUAUAUCCCUAUGAUGGAGAGGAGCCAACCAACGGCUGGCACCGAGCAGAGGCCAUCAGGCUGGAGCAGGACAUUUUCACUGCCCUGGCAGGACAGGGCAAACUCUACGUGUAUAAAACACUCGGCUUCUGGAGCCAGAUUAAAUCUGCAGGGUCUGCAAUUUACGCGAGUCGAUUGUACCUCAACCAGUAUCACACAACUCAUCCUGAAAGACUGGCCACAAAUAAAGAGGGCGGACCCAAAAUAAGUGGCAACGUCUAUAUCCAUCCUACAGCCAACAUUGAUCCCACUGCCAUGUUGGGUCCUAACGUGUCCAUUGGCACUGGAGUGACUAUUGGUGCUGGAGUCAGAGUUCGAGAAUCCAUCAUCCUCCACGGUGCCACUUUACAGGACCAUUGCUGCGUGUUGAACAGCAUUGUGGGAUGGGAUAGCACCAUCGGCAAGUGGGCAAGAGUAGAAGGAACUCCGAGUGACCCGAAUCCAAAUGAUCCCUAUGCAAAAAUUGACAGUGAGACUCUCUUCAGAGAGGGAAAACUCACACCUUCAAUCACUAUCCUCGGUUGUAACGUGACCAUCCCCUCCGAGGUGAUUGUGCUGAACUCAAUUGUCCUCCCACAUAAAGACCUCAACCGCAGCUUCAAAAACCAAAUUAUUCUCUAGUUAAUCUUCCUCAAGCCUCGGCCACUGAUGAAGGAUGCUGCUGGGAGACCGCUGACACCGCCUCUGAGUUACUGUAUAUAAGACGUCAACAGAGAAUUUAUAGAACAGUCAUUACAGAUAGAUUUUUAUAUAUUUUGUCCUGAAGCCUUUAUGCAACAUUGAGUGCCGGCAACAUGAGAGAGAGAGGCUAAUCACGCAUGUUGAUUCACCUUGAGAAGUCUUGUCACGCCAAAUAGUUUUUUUUUGGUUGUUUUUUUUUAUAUCAACUUUACCGAACUGUAAAAUGAUCGCUGACACUAGUGUAAUAUAUUUAGUUGGAUGUAAUUUUAUGUGGAAAGGAAAGUUUAUGGACAGCUGUGUUCUGUUUCUCAAGGGCACCCUUGACAAACCCGACUUGUUUCUCCCAACGCGAGAGGGGGAAUUAUUGGAAAAUAAAAAAAUCACCGGCUGCC